GAUAUCUCGCUGCAUUUCGCGGUAUCUGACGUAGCAGUCGAGCCUUCUCCCACUCACCUCUGUACAAUCUCGCCGGAGAUUUCCUACUUAUAAGAGACUGAGAAGUCCGCAAUUUUACCUGCUUAACGUCACACGUGCAUUAACGAGGUCGUCCGGUCGAAGCGUUUCGGAAAUCAUUUUAUUACAAAAAUGUACAAGGCAAGGACGGUAUUUAAUAGGCUGGCCCCAUUGGCGCCUCGUAUAUGCGGCCCCGAAAGAUACGCUUCCUGGGUGGUCCGUAGUCAUCCGUUGACCAGGACCAGCCAGGUGAUCUUCACCGAGUCCGUGCGCAAGUAUGACAGUCGCGCAACAACAGAGCCCUUUCUAAAUGGCAGUACGAGCUCCUACGUGGAGGAGAUGUACAAUUCGUGGCUGCAAGAUCCGCAUAGCGUGCAUAUAUCAUGGGAUUCCUUCUUUCGAAACAGCACCGCUGGAGCUGCGCCAGGACUAGCGUAUCAGGCACCACCAUCCCUUGCUCCAAAUUACAAUCAAGUACCGCUUGGAGCUUUGUUGCCCUUGGGUGGUGGAACACAGCUCGGUCAAGCGCCCGUCAACGAAAAGAUUAUUGACGAUCAUCUAGCGGUACAAGCUAUUAUUCGUUCUUAUCAGAUUCGUGGCCAUCAUAUCGCUAAAUUGGAUCCACUCGGCAUCAACAGCGCUGAUCUUGAUGAUAGGCAUCCUCAAGAAUUACUCUAUACCCAUUAUUCAUUUGGAAAGAGACCACGUACUACUUACUCGCAGGAACUACAAUACCGAGUAGCUGUUCUAAUGCAAAAGGAGUCAGACAUGGAUCGCGUUUUUAAAUUGCCGUCGACUACAUUUAUCGGCGGCAAGGAAAAAUCAUUGCCGCUACGCGAGAUCCUAAAGCGGCUCGAGGCCGCUUACUGCGGUCACAUCGGCGUCGAAUUCAUGUUCAUUAAUUCCUUGGAACAAUGCAACUGGAUCAGGCAAAAGAUGGAGACACCCGGAGUCAUGGAAGUGACAAACGAUGAGAAAAGGCUCAUUUUAGCAAGAUUGACGCGCGCAACCGGAUUCGAAGCGUUCUUGGCACGCAAAUGGUCUUCGGAGAAGAGAUUCGGUCUGGAGGGUUGUGAAAUUUUGAUUCCAGCUAUGAAACAAGUGAUCGACAAGUCCACGGAAUUGGGAGUUGAAUCGAUUGUCAUGGGUAUGCCUCAUCGUGGUCGUCUUAAUGUUCUCGCUAAUGUUUGUCGCAAGCCGUUGAGCCAAAUAUUUACGCAAUUUGCUGCUCUUGAAGCCGCCGAUGAUGGUUCCGGUGAUGUAAAAUAUCACUUGGGUACAUAUAUCGAGCGUCUGAAUCGCGUGACGAAUAAGAACAUUCGUCUUGCUGUGGUUGCGAAUCCAUCGCACUUGGAAGCUGUUGAUCCAAUAGUUCAAGGUAAAACGCGCGCCGAACAAUUCUACCGUGGUGAUGGCGAAGGCAAAAAAGUUAUGUCCAUUCUUCUUCACGGAGAUGCAGCUUUCUGCGGUCAGGGCAUUGUUUUCGAGACAAUGCAUCUAUCUGAUCUGCCUGAUUACACCACUCACGGUACUAUCCAUAUUGUCGUGAAUAAUCAAAUUGGAUUCACCACGGACCCAAGGCAUUCGCGAUCAUCGCCGUAUUGUACUGAUGUAGCCCGAGUGGUGAACGCGCCCAUCUUCCAUGUAAAUUCUGAUGAUCCGGAGGCCGUGAUGCAUGUAUGCAAAGUAGCGGCAGAAUGGAGGGCCACCUUCCACAAGGAUGUUGUGAUCGACUUGGUCUCCUACAGGCGUAACGGUCACAACGAAAUCGACGAGCCAAUGUUCACACAGCCUCUGAUGUACCGCAAGAUCAGAAACACUCCACCAGCCCUCGAUAAAUACGCCAAUACGCUCAUCGCCGAUAGUGUUGUUUCUCCCGAAGAAGUUAAGGAUGUCAAAGAUAAAUAUGAAAAGAUUUGUGAAGAAGCGUAUAACAAUGCCAAACAAGAAACACAUAUCAAAUAUAAGGAUUGGUUGGACUCGCCAUGGUCCGGUUUCUUCGAAGGAAAAGACCCAUUGAAGGUAUCGCCCACUGGUAUCAAAGAAGACACACUCGUACACAUUGGCAAAAAAUUCUCGUCGCCACCGCCGAAUGCUGCUGAGUUUGUUAUUCACAAAGGUAUCGAGCGUAUUUUGAAGGCUCGCAUGGAAAUGAUCGAAGCUAGAACUGUCGAUUGGGCUCUCGGCGAAGCUAUGGCUUUCGGAUCUCUUCUUAAAGAAGGUAUUCACGUCCGUUUGUCAGGCCAGGAUGUGGAGAGAGGCACAUUCUCACACAGGCAUCAUGUACUACAUCAUCAAACUGUCGAUAAGGCAACUUACAGACCACUUUGCUAUCUGUAUCCCGAUCAAGCACCUUACACAGUGUGUAACAGCUCCUUAUCCGAAUUCGGCGUUCUUGGAUUCGAAUUGGGUUAUUCUAUGACAAAUCCUAACGCAUUGGUAUGUUGGGAAGCUCAAUUUGGAGAUUUCAAUAAUACGGCGCAAUGUAUAAUUGAUCAGUUCAUCAGCAGUGGUCAAGCCAAAUGGGUUAGACAAUCCGGUUUAGUCAUGUUGCAACCUCAUGGUCUCGAAGGAAUGGGUCCCGAACACUCCAGUGCUCGUCUGGAGCGUUUCCUUCAGAUGUCCGCCGAUGAUCCGGAUUAUUUCCCGCCGGAAAGCGAAGAGUUCGCCGUACGUCAGUUGCAUGACAGCAAUUGGAUCGUUGCCAAUUGCAGCACGCCGGCCAAUUACUUCCACAUCCUGAGACGGCAGAUUGCAUUGCCGUUUAGGAAACCGUUGAUCUUAAUGACACCAAAGUCGCUGCUUCGUCAUCCAGAAGCCAAAUCUAACUUUGACUUGAUGUUAGAAGACACGCAAUUCCUCAGAGUGAUACCGGAAGAGGGUGCGGCAGCUCAGAAUCCUAAUGGCGUUAAGAAACUGUUAUUCUGCUCUGGAAAAGUUUAUUACGAUUUGAAGAAAGCUCGUACUGAACGGCAAUUGGAUGACAAGAUCGCGAUCGCCAGAGUGGAACAGAUUUCGCCCUUCCCAUACGAUCUCGUCAAGAAGGAAGCUGCAAAGUAUCCCAAUGCAGAAUUGUUAUGGUCUCAGGAGGAGCAUAAGAAUCAAGGUGCGUGGACUUACGUGCAGCCAAGAUUCCACACAGCACUCAAUGGCACCCGAAGCGUAAUUGGUGCGUCAGAAACGAGUGAAAGUGAUCGAGGAUGGUUAGCUGAUUUGUUUUCAACUAAACCAACAAAACCCACAAUUGUGUCAGAGCAAUCAAUGGAACCUACUGUAUCAAAGCAGAGAAUAGUGAGCUAUGCUGGACGUCCUACAGCGUCGUCACCCGCAACUGGCAGCAAAAUGCAACAUCUCAAGGAACUCAAACAAUUAGUUGACGACUCCCUCAACUUUUAAUGAUCCUUUUUAGUGCUACAUGUAGAAAACUAAAGAUUUAUUUAUUUUUCUCAUAUCUUAAUGUAUCUGUUACAUAAUAUUUUUGUGUCCUGCUCGUCAUAUAACAAACAACAGAGAUUAUACUAUACUCGUUUAAAAAA